AUGCAGGCAGUACAGCAACAAUGUCAGCAGUGCCCCGUCGCCAAGCAAAACAAUGCCACAGCAACCAAACUCUCACUGCAUUCGCUCCCCCAAAGAGGGUUCAUCAAUCUAAACUACCACUCUUCAAUUAUGAUAUUUGUACAACAUAAAGAUGGCCAAUCCUUUCUGGCCAGCUUGAGUCGGUUGGAAAAGGCGCACGGCAAGAAGCUCGUCCACUUUGUCCUUUGCUGCAUUGAAGCUUGCAAAGAUGGCAUCACCUGGGCCGAGCUGGAAGAUGUUGUUGCCCUGAAUGAUGAGGUCCUCAAUGAAGUAUUCUCCAACCUUGGGCGCGCCCCGACGGCCGUGCGGCGCGUUCCUGAGCAGCAGUGGCGAGCCCUGGUUCAUGCUCUGUCCAACUACGUCGAGGAGCAUACCAUCCACGAACAUCCAGGCCUGCUCCAAUUCUUCAUCGAGGAUUACGGCGAUGUUGUGCAGGGAGACAUGCUCUCCGAAAUUCACACCUUCACCGCAGUUCACGAGCAUUUGGCAGACUAUUUCUCCGGCAAAUGGGCCGAUGCCCCAAAGCCAUUUCAGCAUCCUCCUGAGAUGAGCGGUGAAGCCGAGAGACAGAUUCAAGACCAGCCGCUACAGUUUCCUCCAACGAGCGACAGAGGCCUUUUGGCCCGCGACGGCAAGCGAUACAAUACCAGAAGACUUCGCGAGCUGAGCGACCACUUGAUCGCCGCCUGCCGCUGGAACGAGGUGAUGGAGCUUUGUCUCGGCAACCCCGACUACAUCAGGGCUCGCAUCCUCGUGACUGGAGAUCUCGAAGACCUCGUCGAGGACUUUGAUGCGUUGCCCGAAAAUAUGGCGCAGUCGCUCAAGACCUUCAAGCUGGCGUUGGCUGAGUCCCAUUUUGCCCUCUCGCAAUCCCCAGCACAAGUGGGUCGUGUUGCUUGGCAGGCCUACCGCCAACGAGCAAAUUCGAGUCCCCUUCCCAACGCGUUUCUCAUCAAACUGACAACUCACCCCUGCCUGUCCAAAUCGCUGCGCGCCUAUUGCCAGCUCGAUGUCAACCUCAACCCUUCCGUGGCCAAAUUUCUCGAGGUGGCACGCCUGAAUGGCAAACUCGAGGAACUGGCUCUGCUUCCACUUCAUGCGUGUCUGCCCUCUGAGGCGCAGCUCUCCCUGGCCGAACUUCAGAGUCAUCAACACGCCGUCCAUGCUCUCACCUCGGCUCGGCGCCAUUCCAUUUACGUCACGGGCUCCGAUGAUCGCUCCAUCAAGGUGUGGCAACAUGGACGGCGGCUUCCCAUUCAGGUAUUUGACGACCUACGUGAUUGGGUCCGCUGCGUAUCCUUGAAUCGAGGUGCUACAAAAGUGCUGGCAGCAGGUCCCACAGGGUCUGUCAUCUAUAUGGACGUGGCCCGUGGCGUGGUGCUGAAGGAGCUGCAGGGGCAUAAGAAGAGCGUCAAUAGUAUCGACUUUAGCCCAGACGGCACCAUGGCUGUUUCUGGAGCCGAUGAUGGUCAGGGCAUUGUGUGGGACUUGGCCCGUGACCGAGUUCAGUCUCAAUUUACCUUUGAUUGUGCCGUAACUUCCACGCGCUUUGUGGAUGACCGCCGAAUCCUGGCCGCCGGCGGCGACGGCAUGGUACGCAUCCUCGAUGCUGAAACGUCCCAUCCACAAAAUACAUUGUUUGGAGCUUCGGAGGCCAUCACCUGUGCCAUCCCGACCAUCAACGGCACCCAUAUCAUUGCUGCAAGCGAGGACUUGAGCCUUCGUGUCUACCCCACCCCCGAUCGCGUGGCCGGCGACGUGCGCGAUGCUGACGUCGUCUUCACCGGGCAUACAAAGGCAAUUAACGACAUUGUGCACGUCGGCCCGGGAAGUGGGUUGAUUUUGACGGCGAGUGAGGAUUGCUCUGUGCGCCUGUGGAAUUUCAUGCGCCGAACAGCCGUGGCCUCUUUCUUUGCCAUCAGCCCAGUCCUUGGGGUGGCUUCGCUGUUGACAGAAUCAGCCUGUGUUUACAGUUGUGCUGAUGGCACCGUUGGUGUCUUGGGCAUUCACAAGAGCACAACUGCACCCGAAUCAGAGGCGCAGGCAGCAGCAGAAGCCCCCACGCUGUCAGCACCUGUUGAAGCCGCCGAUCCGACCCAAGCGUUGGGUGAGUGGGAACUUGAUGCCCAACGCAAGGACGAGGAGCGCCAGAAGCGUCGAGAAGAACAAGAAAAACGCCAAGCCAAGCUGGCCGCCCUCUUGGCAGAACUUGACGAUGAUGUAUCGGCCGAAGCCAAGGCAACGCGCAAGCUGAGCCAUAAGACGAGCGAAGGCAACAUUUCCCGAAAUUCGGUGUAUGGCUUUGACGGGGAGGUUGAGGCUUCUUCGCCUGCACCUGACAACUCGAGCAAAGCUACCGCAAAUGCCACAGCUGCGAGUGCUACUGCGAGCGCAACAGCGUCUACGAGCAAGAUGUCACGCGCCAAGAAGGCUCCCAAGGGAGCAGAAGAAGCCGAUGCGCUGGCUGCGACGCGUGUCAGUGUAUUGAAGGCUGCACAGGCCUUUACCAACUCAGCCCCAAGCUCGACCACGCCCAGCCGCCACGGAUCGGUUGAAGUGCCGAUUCAAACGGGCAAAGUACAAACGGUCAUGCGACGCUUGACGCUGGGCAAGGGCAUCACUGGCGAUGAUUUGAUUGCGGAUGGGGACGAGAGUCGCGAGCCGCGGCAGGUGGUCGUGAGCGAUGAUGAGGAUGAGGAUGCGGAGGUGGAGGUGGACAACCAAGUCGAGCCCGAAAAUCAGGCCUCGGAGCAGACCGAACCAAAGGGGGCAGCGCCGGCGCUGUCCGUGACGGACGGAGAUGCAAGCUUCGACCAGAAGGCGGGCGAUGAUGAGGAGAUGGCUGACGUGUUUUUGGAAGACCGUGGCUUUGCCGAUGUGGCCACGCAAGACAUGAGUGCGGAGGAGAAGCAGGGGAACGUGGUGUGCUGGGGGGAGGAACAAGGAUUUUAUUGGUGUGGGCAAGCAAAUACGUCGCGACGCAGUCGUCGUAGUCGACGAGACAAGAAGCGGCGGAGUCACAGCGAAUCGGGCACGACCACGCCGGUGGUCUCGCGCAUGGGCUCAAGCUUACGUGUGGCGCCUCUAUCUUCGCUGGAUUCUGUGCGAGCUGGCUCGCCCAGCCCUGUGCCGCCAGGAUCGCCCAAGCCAAUGUUUGAGGAGACAAACAUUUUGGUGGAGGAACCGUUGGAGGCGGUCAACGACACGGGCCUGACGCUACCGGCCCAUUUUACGCAGCGCCGCAGUGGACACGGCCGCAACAAGAAUGCGGGCGGUGGCAGCAGUCUGGCGCUGAGCAGCCACGACCCGGCGGGCGGCGACGCGAGUAGCAAUGGCGGUGGCUGUUGCCUCAUUCACGCAGACCUUCUCUCUCUCUCUCUCUCUCUCUCUCUCUCUCUCUCUUCUCUCAGUGUUGACUACACAGGGCUUGUGUGUGUGUGUGUGUGUGUGUGUGUGUGUGUGUGUGUGUGUGUGUGUGUGUGUGUGUGUGUGUGUGUGUGUGUGUGUGUGUGUGUGUGUGUGUGUGUGUGUGUGUGUGUGUGUGUGUGUGUUGUGUGA